AUGCGAGACUGCCUGUUAAGAUUACAGCGAAUAGGUCUAGAAGCGCAACCCCCCCAAUGGCCUUUCAAGAUAGAAGCUUACACUGAGCGAUUGCUGAAGAGCACAUGGUCUGACCAAGGUCAGAGUGAUGCGGUUGUUGUCUGGAUUUUACUAUUUUUUUUAGUCGCGUUCAUCAUAAUGGAAGUGAUUGCAGUGCGGAGCUUGUUCGCCUCAGUUCGCAUUCGUGCAGGCCACGUACCAGUUGACCACGACAAUAAUGAGACCGCGCUAUCGAAAUCAACUCAUGAAAAGUUAUCAUACAUUGAUUUGUCAUUUUUGAGCUUUGGAAAAGUAGGUAGAGAUGAAGAAAUGGGAUCUUUCGACUUAAGCUCCGAGCUUUGCAACUCGCCACUUUUACAAGCACAUCCAUAUGAUCCACUCUCUCUAUCCGCUUUGCCUAGAUGA